GUAGUGUUCCGGACGUUCCAUACCUGUGACAAAUUAUUAAGUUAAAGUACAAAUAAUUGCAAAUAAUACAAUGCGUUUGAUUAAGAUGGACAGUGGAUAUUAGGAGCUUCUUGAGAAAUUACUGUAGUAGCUCGCUUUUAUUUGGGGGUAGACUCCUAGCGUCGACAAGCGAGGCGUGAGCUCAAUUCAUAAUGCAAUCAAGUAGAAAUCGUGCGCCGGGCUACCGUUCUCCAAGACUGUUGCCACCUAUACCGAAUGGUUCUGGAGAAAGUUCCUCAGAAGCUUAUCUAAAGCCGUGUUUGGGAGAACAAAAGAUGUGGUCCAAAUACCACAGCGGAUGUGUCGACAAAAGUCCGACACGAUUUGACUGUGUUCCUGGAAAGUCACAGAAGAAGAAAACUCCGUCUUUAAUAGCUGAUCGCAUCACCAGACGAUUUAAAUUUAUCAGAGAUGCAGACAGCCGGGAAGUUUUGAACUAUUUGGACCGCAACAGGGACUUUCUAGAAACCUACGUACUUGAGUCUGUGCCUAUAGAGGAGAUGGAGCGAUGGUUCUUUAGGAAAAUUAAACAAAAUUUCAUUGAUGAUGACACACCAAGGUAUGAGAGCAGAACAAAGAUGAAUCAUAAAAGUGCAUCUACAAUGCCAACUUUUGUAAGUCUGGUGAAGGAUCUACAAAAUGAAUUAAGUGAACACACAGUGCUAUGGGAACUUGCUAAAACCAUUGCCUUGUCAGUUGGUGUGGAUGCGUACAUAAUUUACAAGCUUUAUCCCGAUCAUCCUACAUUCGUACAGUGUUUUGUAGCUGAUGACAAAAGUAAUACAUCUACACUGACACUGGAUCGAGUUGACCUUGAUCAGGUAACGCUAGUUUUGGAAGCUGCCAAGAAAAUGACCUCAUUAAGAGUGUCACGGCAUGAAGAUCCAGCCAGAUUUCCAAAAACACCUCGAGCUAUUUUCGAAACUUUAAAGGAUAUGGAUACAUCUAUAGAAGCAAACCACAUUUUAUAUCAGCCCAUUUUAAUUUCGAACGGCAAGACGGGUUAUGUUAUUGAAAUGUGGAGAGUCCAUGAUAGGUUUAGGGAACCAGAUGAACAAGUAAGCUCCAGCUUCAUGCUUUGGGGUAGUUUGGCGCUCCACUACUGCAAUAUGUAUCUUGACAAAAAGAGAGAGCGGAAUAUGUCAGACUUUUUACUGGACGUGGUUAAGGCAAUAUUCGAGGAAAUGGUGUCAUUAGACCAGCUGAUUAAAAGAAUCUUAGAGUUUGCACAGCGCCUGGUCAACGCCGAUAGAGCAUCCUUGUUCCUGGUCGACUACAGAAACUUCGAACUAGUCUCCACAGUGUUUGAUCUGAAAUUUGAGCCAGGCCACGAAAGAGAUUUGGAAAAGAAAGAAAUUAGAAUGCCAAUAAAUAGAGGAAUCGCUGGGCAUGUUGCACUGUCCGGUGAGACUAUGAACAUCCCUGAUGCUUAUUCAGAUUACAGGUUCAAUAGGGAAGUCGAUGAAGCUACAGGAUAUAAAACUAUCAGUAUUUUGUGUAUGCCAAUUAAAGUAGAAGGGAAAGUAAUUGGGGUAGUCCAAAUGGUCAACAAAAGAAAUGAAGACAACUUCGACCGUGAGGAUGAAGUUUCUUUUGAGAUUUUUUCGUCAUUUUUUGGCUUAGCUUUACACCAUGCCCGCUUAUACGACAGAAUAAUGAGGAAAGAGCAAAAAUACAGAGUUGCAUUAGAAGUUUUGAGUUACCAUAACACUUGUAGGGAAUAUGAGGUACAAAGGAUGCUUGAAAAUUCAGAAGAUAUUGAAGUAAAACUGAAUGAUUUUGCUUUAGAUCCAUAUAAGUUAAAUGAGUAUCAAAAAUGUAGAUGUGUAAUAAAAAUGUUUGAUGAUCUCUUUGAGUUAUCUAAAUUUGAUUUGUUGACUCUGACAAGAUUUGUUCUUACUGUAAAGAAAAAUUACCGUACUGUACCAUAUCAUAACUUUGACCAUGGUUGGUCGGUUGCACAUGCGAUGUAUGUUAUUUUAAAGAAUGACAAAGAACAAAGAUUUGAUUAUAUAAGGAGGCUAGCGCUUUUUGUAUCUAGUUUGUGUCACGAUCUAGACCAUCGUGGCUACACUAACAAGUACAUGAGCGAGACUGCAUCCCCUCUUGCAGCCAUGUAUACCACGUCUACUCUAGAGCAUCAUCAUUUUAAUAUCACUGUGACGAUAUUGCAGCAGGACGGUCAUAAUAUUUUCGCCCACAUUUCAAGUGAAGAGUACAAAGAAAUUUUAGGCUAUAUUCGUCAAGCUAUCCUGGCAACUGAUCUCGCAGCCUUCUUCCCAAAUUUAGAAAAAAUUAAAGAACUACACAAUGAUAGUAGCACUCAGAAAUUUAAUUGGGAGGUUUCAAGUCACAUAGAUUUAGCUAUGGCUAUAUCAAUGACCGCAGCUGAUUUGUCAGCCUCAGCAAAGCCUUGGGAGGUUCAAAUAAAAACUGUUAAAGUCAUAUUUGAAGAAUUCUAUGAUCAAGGUGAUAAAGAGCGGGCUAUUGGGAAAACACCUAUUCCUAUGAUGGAUCGAAACAAACCAGAGGAGCAGCCAGCCAGUCAGGUGGGUUUCUUGAGCCAAAUAUGCAUACCGUGUUAUGCUAUGCUGCACAAAAUACUUCCAAAUACAGUAGCAAUGUACAAAAUGGCAAAUAAAAAUCUUGAAAGAUGGAAGUUCAGGGCUGAGAGAAUUCUGAACAGUAUUGAGUCUGACUCUAUUGAACAUUUUGAUGAUGAUGAUGAUGAUCAUUUAUUACAAACCGUCGAUGAGAUUGGAGACGAUGAUAUCAAGCAUAUUGUAAAGACCGAUGAAGAAGAAACUAAAAGUUUGGUCGAUGUUACUUUAGUCGAUAAAGAUGUGGAAGAAAUAAUAAGAAAACCUCCACUAGAAAACAGUCAGUCUGUGGACACAUUUUCAUGGGAAGAAGAAGAAUCGAUUAAAAAUGCUAUAACAGAAAAUACUGUCUUUUGGAGAGAUGGUGAUGGAGUAGCGUGGAUUGACGAGGAAGGAGUAGUCGUCAAAUCCAACGCUUUAAAAGGGGUUGUUACCAACGUGUGUGAAAGUGAGGUAAAUAGCACAAAACUAUAAGAACUUACAAAAUUGUUAGCGACUUAAUGGAUGUUUCUAGAGUGUAGAUGAGUAUUAUUGUCUAUUUGUAAUUGUAAAAAAUAAAGCCGAUUAUGUAAUAAACAUGUAUUCAGAAAUUGAAAAUCUUACAAAUUUAACAUCGUUGUGACUGUUUAUUCUGUUACAGCAUUACAACUAGGUUGCAUUUUCAGUUUUGACUGGCAUACAUUUUAAAUUUUAAUAAAGCGUCUUUAGGCAGUUCUUGUUCACCCCAACGAGUAAAAUGCUUAAAAUCGUUAUGUUGUGCUAUGUACA